UAAAUGUCAAAAGGCAACACGCUUCCUGGAAGAUUAGCCACACCAAAUUUGGCAGUGAAACAGUGAGGUGAUUCUUUCAAACUGAACCGAUCAUGAGAGAAAAAAUGACAUCCGUUCUGUGGUUGCUGGUCUUGAUCGGAAUUGCCAUUUGCGCUCCAUUGGAUGGACCUUCCGAAGAUGGCGAGAUCUUUAAUCCAUCGGCAACUGAGCUGGAACAGAAGGGCGACUACUUCCAGGGUGAUAUAAUUCUAACGGACGUCCAAGAAGAUAUCAUACAGGACGGUCGGACCUCCUUGAUCGGAGCGACCUAUCGCUGGCCGAAAAAUAUUGUCUAUUACUCGAUCGACAGCGGUGCGUUCUCAUUGGCCCAGGAAAAUUCCAUCAAAUCGGCCCUGCAACAAAUCAUGCUGGUUAGCUGUGUAUUGUUUGUCGAGCGAACGACUCAGACGGAUUACGUCAAAGUGACGGGCGAAUACACCGGCUGUUGGUCCUAUCUGGGCCGUCGUGGUGGAGCGCAGCAGCUGAAUCUACAGCCGAACGGAUGUAUGAGCCGAGGUACCAUUAUGCACGAGUUUCUCCAUGCGCUAGGUUUCGUUCACAUGCAGAGUGCCUCGGAUCGAGACUUUUACAUCAAAAUCAACUGGGCUGCGAUACAGGCCGGUAAGGAGAGCAACUUUGAUCGGUACAGUUCAUCCGUGAUCGACGAUUUUGGCAUUUCGUACGACUACCUGAGUGUAAUGCACUACGGACCGACGGCAUUCAGUGCAACUGGUGCCGAUACCAUCAUCCCGUUCGAGAGCGGUAUUACCAUCGGGCAACGGGUUGGCAUGAGUUACAAGGACAUCAAACGUUUGAAUAUGUUGUAUCCAAACUGUGGAUGAAGCGAGUUGGAAUCAGUGAAAUUAUUCAGGAAUUCAGUGAUUAAGGUAGGUAAGUUAAUAGGUUGAGUAUUAGCAAUUUUUGGAGCUGUUUUAAUAGGACUAAUUGUCCGUUUCUAGGUGUCAACAAUGUAGAUAUUGUUGAAAUAAACAAAGAGCAGGGUAAAUGCGUUGAAAUUAUUCGCAAAUAAAUGUUUUGAAGAAGA